ACAUAACAACAUUGUGAGAUCAUACAGAGUAUUAGAAAUUGAGCAUUCUGAAAAAUGGAGACUCCAAUGAAGUUCAUUUGCAUUCUGGGAUUGCUUGCAGUGGCUAUCAGCUUCAAUGGGGUUGAUGGGGCGAGCCCAUGUGGAAAAUCGACUCCAGAUGAGGAGGCAAUGAACCUUGCCCCUUGUGCAACUGCUGCACAAGAUGCAAAAGCUGCUGUAUCUGAUGGUUGUUGCAAGCAAGUGAAGAGAAUAGGGGCAAACCCUAGCUGUCUCUGCUCUGUUCUGCUCUCCGACACUGCCAAGAGCUCCGGCGUCAAGCCUGAAAUCGCCAUUACCAUUCCUAAACGCUGCAACUUUGCCAACCGCCCAGUCGGUUACAAGUGUGGAGGUUAUACACUUCCAUGAUGGGAUCUAAAGAAAGGUUGUGUAGGAGGCCAUGUAUUGGAGCUGUUGGCUACUAGUGUAAACAAGUAGAGAGUACUGCUUGUAAUUUGGCAAAUAAAGCUAGCAGCUUGUAUCAUAUGAAAGAUAUAACAAAAUAUGGAGUUUCGGUA